UAUCAGCAGUACCGUAUCUAGCAUUUUAGAUACACGAAUUGUGUUACACGCUCCAUCUCUCUCUCUCUCUCUCGAUAGAUAUCAUACCCCCUGCUACCAGGUCGACCUCGGUCGGCCGGGAUAUAAAACUCAACAAAUCUGCAACAGUCUUUCGGUUUUUUACUCUCUCUCUCUCUCGCUCUCGAAGAUUGUUGCUUGAUAGCGAUUGACCAUCAAAAGUUACCCACUUUCUAGCUCUUACUUAGAAUAUGAAAAAAAGAGGGGAAUUUCCCAUUUUCAUGUGUUCUUCAUUGUUGAGUCUUGAUGAUUAGGGGGGAUUUGGGGUUAUGAGGUUUAGGGUUGGUUUUAGGGGUUUUGUGGUGAAUUUGGUGUGUGGAGUGGAAUGUGAGCGAGGAAUUGAGAUGGGGAGGAGUGGAAUUGGGAGCGUGGGAGUGUUGGAGCUUAGCAAGAUUGGAUUUUUAGGGGCUGAGAUAUUGAGGGUUGGAAGUGAGGGUUUUGUUUGAGAGGGAUGAGUAGGAUUGUAGGUUUAUUGUAGUAGUUAGUAGUGAUUGUUGAAGUACUACCUUUUUAUAUGAGUGAAGUCAUGGAUAAAACUAUGAAGCUUUCAACAUCAGGGCUGGGUCAGCAACAUGGUCAUGAAGGGGAAGAGGAGAAGAAGUGCUUGAACUCGGAGCUAUGGCAUGCAUGUGCUGGUCCGUUAGUGUCCCUGCCAACGGUAGGCAGCCGUGUGGUUUACUUCCCUCAGGGUCACAGCGAGCAGGUUGCUGCAACAACUAAUAAAGAAGUUGAUGCCCAUUUCCCCAAUUACCCGAGCUUGCCCCCCCAGUUGAUUUGCCAACUCCAUAAUGUUACAAUGCAUGCAGACAUUGAAACAGACGAAGUAUAUGCCCAGAUGACAUUGCAGCCCUUGACUCCGCAAGAACAGAAAGAUGGAUACCUUCCUGUGGAGCUGGGAAUGCCCAGCAGACAACCAACUAAUUACUUUUGCAAGACUCUGACUGCAAGUGAUACUAGUACACAUGGAGGCUUCUCUGUUCCUCGUCGAGCUGCAGAAAAAGUUUUUCCACCUCUGGAUUUCUCACAAACACCACCUGCACAAGAACUUAUUGCCAGGGAUCUACAUGAUGCGGAAUGGAAGUUUAGGCAUAUUUUUCGGGGUCAACCGAAGCGUCAUUUGCUGACUACUGGCUGGAGUGUCUUUGUCAGCGCUAAACGUCUUGUUGCUGGAGACUCUGUUCUUUUUAUAUGGAAUGAUAAAAAUCAGCUUCUUCUGGGUAUCCGUCGUGCCACUAGACCCCAGACUGUGAUGCCAUCUUCUGUUCUAUCAAGUGACAGUAUGCACAUCGGACUGCUUGCUGCUGCUGCCCAUGCUGCUGCUACUAAUAGCUGCUUCACUGUUUUCUAUAACCCGAGGGCUAGUCCGUCAGAGUUUGUAAUUCCUUUCUCAAAGUAUGUCCAAGCAGUAUGUCACACACGUGUCUCUGUUGGAAUGCGUUUCCGGAUGCUGUUUGAAACUGAGGAAUCCAGUGUCCGCAGAUACAUGGGCACGAUUACUGGCAUUGGUGACUUGGAUCCUGUUCGUUGGCCGAACUCUCACUGGCGGUCAGUAAAGGUCGGUUGGGAUGAAUCAACGGCAGGUGACAGGCAGCCAAGGGUAUCAUUAUGGGAAAUUGAACCUUUGACAACAUUUCCCAUGUACCCCUCAUUAUUUCCUCUGAGACUGAAACGGCCAUGGUACCCCGGGCAAUCAUCUUCCCAAGAUGCUGGUAAUGAAGCUAUCAAUGGCAUGGCAUGGUUAAGAGGUGAAGCUGGUCCGCAAGGAUUCAACUCUUUGAAUUUUCAGUCUGUUGGGAUGAUUCCGUUGAUGCAGCAAAGGUUUGAUCCAAUUGGCUCAAGGAACGAUCUGACUCAGCAGUAUCAGGCAAUGCUGGCUGGGGGAGGGCUGCAAAACUUUGGGAGCGGGGAGUUGCUGAAAAACCAAUUAAUGCAAUUCCAGCAGCCUGUUCAUUACCUUUCAAGUACAGGUGGCCAUAGUCCCGUCACGCAGCUGCAGCACAGGCCCCAGUCAUUGGGUUCUCCUCAGAUGCUGACUGAUAAUCUGCAGAGACCACUUGAACAGCAAAUUGACAAUCAAGCUGAAAAACGCGAGCAAGAACAUACUUAUCAGGAAGCAUACUUCGCCCAACACAAUCAGCUCCAACAAAGGCCAAUGUUCGAUAUUCCAUCGUCUUCAAUCUCAAAACCAGAUUUUGCAACUUCAAACAAUAAAUUUUCAUCAACGGGUCAUUCUACCAUGCAAAAUCUACUCAGCUCGAUUGGUCCCGAAGGCAGUGGUAAUCUUCUAAAUUUCUCAAGAAUUGGUGAGCCGGUACUCAAUGAGCAGUCACCGCAGCAAUCCUGGAUGUCAAGAUUUACUCAGUCACCAGCAAAUGGUUGUUCCAGUCCGAAAACUUGUGCACCGUUUUCUGGAAAAGAUGCUUCUGUUGAGCUGGAAAGUGGUAGCUUGGAUGUGCAAACUCAAGCCCUUUUUGGUGCUAAUAUCGACUCUUCUGCAAUCCUAUUGCCAACCACUGUGUCAGUCGCUGGUACUGUUCAUGCUGAUAUGCAGUCAGGACCGUCGGGGUAUCAGAAUCCUCUAUAUGGAUGCGUUCAGGAUUCUUCUGAUGUGUUGCAAAAUACAGGAGAACUCGACCAACCUACAGACACCCGUGCUUUUGUAAAGGUCUACAAAACGGGAUCUGUGGGUAGGUCACUGGACAUCACCCAGUUCAACAGCUAUCAUGAGCUGAGAAGGGAACUGGGUCAGAUGUUUGGGGUUGAAGGGUUGCUUGAAGACCCUCCAAGAUCAGGCUGGCAGCUUGUAUUCGUUGACAGGGAGAAUGACAUACUUCUCCUUGGAGACGAUCCGUGGGAGGCUUUUGUUAAUAACGUGUGGUAUAUCAAGAUCCUCUCUCCCGAAGAUGUGAUGAAGCUGGGAAAGCAAGAGGCAGAGUCGUUGAGCAUGAGCACAGGUACAGAGGACAGGAUGAACAAUGCGGAGAACACCAAAACUGUCUCUGGACUCCCGUCUCUAGGAUCGCUUGAGAUGCCUGCUCUGUGCCAAUCAGCUCCAACACAAGUACCUCAAAUCUCCUUGUUUUUGGACACCACUAUAAUGUUUUUCAUGAAUUUGUUUGUUCAGUCGUGCAGCUGGGAGUAGAUUCCGUGCAAGUGUUCCUGAGUGUAGCAAGAAGCUCGUAGAAUUAGUGUUGUACUUUGGUUUCCCAUUUGGCAUUGCUGAAACUGUCUUUUACUAGUAAUUAUUGAAGCAAAAAUCUCUUGACUGAUUGAUACUCCAUGAGAUUGAGGAUAUUACUAUGAUAUAAUCUAGGACUACUUUCGACAUGGAUUGUGUAAUGUUGGAACUCGUCGUCAUUGUUAUCGUGUGGGUUCCGUUGUCA